AUGCCAGGCAAGCCUACCAGUAAGCAUGCCCACAUGCCCUCCUAUCUCGCUGACAUUUUCCGCAGCCCAUUCCGGCGACAAGCUCGACCCUGAUCCGCUCAAUCGUUUGAACAACUACCACCAAGCUCUGAAGCUGCCGAACCACAGCAUCAAAACGACACCAGUACAGAAACUGCGGGUUUCGUUAGAGUUCUCCCAACAAGCGAAGAAACGUAUUGUGGAGAAGAAUCCCGGCAUGAGCCAGGUUUUGCAGGACCUGGAAAGCGGCAAGCUGGUGCUUCCAGAGAAGAAGCAGUCGACGAAGAGAAUGCUGGGACAGCGUGCUAUGUGGGUAAUGGAGACAUGUUUCCCGGAAUUAAAGAGACAUUUUGGCAAAGAUAAUGUGCGGCAAGAUGAUGCUCGGCAAGACAACACGGAGCAUUCCCACACCAAACCCUCCAGAAGCGCCAGAAGGAAGGGCGAGCGGGAUGCGAGGAGAGAUGUCCGGAAUGGCAAUGAGGAGAGUAUCAGGAAACGUCCCAUAGGAGAAGCUGAGGAGGACACUCAAGAGGGUUUCGAAGCGCAUACAAGCAGCCAGGGGGCUAGACAUACCACGCGAGAUGCGUUGAGCGGCUCCAAUUCAACUCGUGGUAUUAAGGAGCUUGCUUCGCCUCGGCCUUCUGCCUCCAAUCGUGACACCCUUGGUGUCCGCCGCCGGUCAGCCACUUACGACGAAGACGAUGAGGAAGAUAACCUCCCACGAUCAGCAGACAGCCGCCGCACGACUCAUUCCGGUCGCGACCAGAAUUCGAACAACGAGACUGCGGUGUUGGGGCCACACACUGAUCGCGACGCCACAUACACCAGACGACGCUCUCGUCACGACUCUCCAGACUUGCGCGAAAACGAGCAUGACCCUAGGUCUCGGCAGCUUCUGUUGCGUUCCUUAGACUCCUUCGAUGAUGAGGGCGGCCAGUAUCAGCAUCAGACCAAUCGCUACUUGGAAGGUCAGAUCUCCCGAGAGGUGCCGCCCCUUCGUAUUGCCUCUGCUGGCGAAGAGCGAGAGCGGGUGCGUUCCCGGCGGCAGUCGAUCGAGCUCUGGGGAGAAGCCGAAAUCGAUCAACUCGACCGUGAGUUUGACAACGAUGCUGGUUACGAUAGAUACACUCCGAUCUCUUCUGACACUCGUCUAGAGAUUGCCGCACCCGCUGCCCAGAAACGCCAUCGCAGCGUCACACCGGAUCAAUUGCCGCGGAAAGCCGCCCGAUAUCAAUAG